CAUAACUUGUUUAUUAUUAAGGAAAUCCCCAAAAGGUCUCUACAUAAUCAAAAUGCUGCAGAAAACCCAAAUCAUUUUGUUUGUUUUCUUUUUUGUUGCAGCUACUGCUAAAUCAAUGUCGGAUUCUGAACCCUCCACAGAAGCAAAGGUGUUUAUUGUUCAUACUGAACAACCUGAAGAUCAAGAACCUGAGGAGUACCAUAUUAAGAUCCUAGCUUCUGUUCUUGGCAGUGAGGAUGCUGCAAAGGAGGCUUUGAUUUACAGUUACAAGUAUGCGGCUAGUGGGUUCUCUGCCAAGCUGACUCCUGAGCAGGUUUCUGAGCUUUCAAAAAAACCUGGGGUCUUGCAAAUUGUCCCAAGCAAAACACUCCAUUUAGAUGGAAUGGAGCGUAUAUGAAAGCCAACUCUUGUGACUCCAUUACCAGACCAAUUUACCUUAAUAUGUGUACCUUUAUAGACUUGUGAUCUAUGUUUUAACAGUGUGUUGGGAACUAAAUUAAUUAGCAUUGUAUUAUGCAUACGUAAAGGAAGGUCUGUUCCGCGACUGCAAACUUGGUGAUGUGAUGCAUGUUUCAAUAAAUAAAUAAAUGAAAGUAAAAUGUGUUUAACAUGU